CUUGGAUUUGACGAAUAGGAAGAGCUAAUUUAUUAGGGGGGAAACCCCCAAGUUAUAGGUAUAUGUCUAUCAUAUUUGAAUUAAACCAGUUAGUUCUCCAAUAUGGUGGUGUUGAGUGGAGGUUAUCGUGGAUUGAGGAAAGCAUACGAAGUUCACAUAUUCCCAUCUAUGUGUUGCGUCUUCUUUGUUCGAUUUAAAAAGCAGUAUUGAGGCUGCCACCGUUCUUUGAACUUCAUUUGGUAUAAAGGAAUCACUGCUAGAGAGAAAUGCCCGGUUUUCGUCUAAAUUCUUCUGCUGAGCUCGACGACAAGUUCUUCUGUAGACUAUGUAAAUUCGUGCUGAGAGAGCCGAUUCAGACUUCAUGUGGACAUUUGUAUUGCCAGUCGUGUUGUUUUAGGUAAGUAAGCAUGUGUCGGGUUGACUAGCUUCAGAUGGCUUCCCUGCGUUAUUCAAAUAUGCUGAUGAUUCGACAAUUGUUGCACCGGUACUAGGCAAUACUGAUACCUCUGUACCUUAGUGAAUGAGUUUUUAAAUUGGUCGCGAGAGAACUGUAUGUCGUGUAAUCCUAGUAAAUGUAAAGAGCUUGUAAUUAGAAAGAAAUCGAACAAGGACACCUAUAAUCCAGUCAAUUGCAUUCCACAACAUCAUGAAUUGUGCUUACUCGGAGUCACACUUAAGAGUGAUUCUAAGGUUAGUUAUCAUGUUAAGGUCAAACUAGUUAAGGCUAACAAGUGCCUCUAUAUAUUAAGAACUCUGAGAAAGGAACAAUAUGACCAGAAUGAAAUAGAUCUCCUUUUUAAGACAGUUGUAUUACCUAAUUUAACUUAUGGCCUUUCAGUGUUUGGUGCGUAUGAACGCGAUCUAAACACAGUACAGAACUUUUAUUACACGCGGCGAUAUAUUUCAGUUCAUUGAAUGUCAAGGAUAUAAUGCAUAUGCAGGAUAAGAAAUUAUUUUGUGGAACCAGGGCCCCAAGCCAUGAUCCGUUAAAUGAAAUUCUGCCUAAGCCUAGACUCCAGCAAUAUAAUUUCCGUCGCAAGGUUUGCCUCCGCCCAAAGAUUAACACAGAACAUUUCAUGAACAUAUUUGUGAAUAGACCAAUUUUUGAACACAACCUGUUAUAAUUACAUAAUUUAAUUUUGGCCAUAGUAUAUUAUUGUAAUUAUCAUUACACAGUUUCUUGUUAAUGUAACAGGAUAUGUAUCUUUUAUCUUAUGGUUCAAUUAAGACUUCAAAGACUUAAAAAAUGACUGAAUUACAUGUAUUCCUUUUUGGAUAAUUUUUAAAUGCAAGCAGUAAAUUGUGUCUUGAUAUCAUAUUGUAAUUUAUCUUUCUUGGACUUGAAAAUCUUUGAAAGCCUUUAACUAACUUUUAAAUUGCCACUUUAAGCAAAAAGUACAUUUCCAGAAAAUAGGCAAGAAAAAAUGUGCUGUGCUUCCAACUUUUAGCUUUGUAGCUCAGUAACAGUAGUAGUGUCAGACUAGUAUCUGGGAGGCAUGGGUUCUAAUCCCAUUGAAGACUGGAAUUGUUCAGGCUUCUUUUCUGCAAAUUGGCAGAUCAUCUGCAAGGAUCAUGACUGUGUUUUGAUAUUCAAUCAGCUGGUCAGAUGAAAUUUAAUAUUUAAUCACAAAUUAUAUCAUACAAAUAAUCCAGCUUUUUUUAAAAAUUUUUUACCAAGUCUGUGUACCAAGAAUUGCAUUUGCAUAAGCUCCAACAGCUCAGAGAUUAGUGUAGAGAUUAGUUUAGAGAACCUGAAGACCUGUUAGCAAUUAGUAUGAUUAUAACUCUUUCUUAGCUAAUUUUUAUAAGAUUAUUAUGUGGUGUUACUGAAAUGUUGCUAUCUGUUUGGUUUCUUGUUAUCUUUUUUUAUAGUUUUUUGUUUUAUUUUUCUCUGAACAGAUCUACAACAGAGAUGCACUGUGUAGUAGAUGGAACAGUCAUUCGAGAGGUAUCAAUUAGAAUUUUGUUCAGAUAGUUAAUUAUAUUAUCCAUUAAACUCAUUAUGAAAACUCUGAUUGGUCAAGAGCAUAUAGUCAAUAUACAAUUGUGUGAUAUGAUACUUUAGGGACUUUGAACUUAACAUGAUAACCCAAUAUGUGUAACAGAUAUUGAGUUAUCAUGAUAUAAAAGCAGGAUUGGGGAAUGGAGAAUGGAGAAUGGGAAUGGAGAAUGGGAAAUGGGAAAUGCAAAAAUCAAAUGAGAAAUUAAAAAUGGGAAAUUAUUAUUUAUUUACUUUUUCUAGACAUACUAUUUAUAAUAUAGAACAUAUAUUUUUCAGUGAUCAUUAUCGAUAUCCAUGUUCUCUUUCAAAAAAAUUCGGGGUAAAAUUUAGGAAAUGUGAUGAAUUGAUGAUAGGGAAAGAAGUUUCCCUGACUUGUUUUGUUAAGACACUAUCUGAAGCUUACUGAGUCGUGAAAAAAUUUUAUGAUAAUUUCAAUUAAUUUUCCAGAGGAGGGAAUGAUUUUAAUUAAAAUCAUUCAGGUGUUUGUUCACACCUAAAGGAUAUGAUCACUUAUUUUUUUUGUGAAUCCCAUGAAAGUUCAGGAGUCUGAUGCAUCAUGCACCAUUAACAUUAAUGCAAAUUACUAUUGGCAACCUUUUAGAUUGAUCAUCAGCUUGGCCAGCCUUAAGGUUGUGAGUCUAUUCUUAGAUAUGACUUUUCAGUUUCAUUGCAGCCGCUGGCUGGAAAACUGGGGCAGGUGUUUUGUGUGUAGACAAGAAGAAUUGCACCGCAUUCACCCCCUAUCAAGUUCGCCCCUACCUUAUGCCGUGUUUGCCCCCACACUUUUCGAGUUUCACCCCAUCAAGUUGAGUUUGCCCCUUGAUUGAGUGAUAUCCAGAUGAGUUGAUUUGUGACAAAGGCACUAGCAUUGCGUGGAACCUGCUUGGGAACUGGGUUGACGGAAUCAACUAAAUACUCUGCAUGGGAUCUGGGGUUGCCAGAAAUAACUGUGAACACUGAACUUGUAAUAGAGAGAACCACACUUAAUCAAAACAACAUUGCUUAACUUAUUAUUCAGACUGGAAAAGAUGUACAUCAACCUGGGUUUAUCUAACAAACACGAAAUGUGUUGAUCGUAACAACCAGACUUGAGAAGAUGCAAACCACGCUUUCAUCGCGACAGAAUUGCUUAAGUUGUUAGACUUGUACCUCAUUUAGCUUUAUUUAUGAAAUUAAGACUGAAGAAUUUACGCAACCACGAUUUGAUCACGCUUUUGAUUAUUUAAGACUUCUUGAGAGAAUGCGUUGCACACUUCAUUGUUUUAAGGUCAUAGCAACCAGACUUGAGAAAAUGCAAACCAGGAUCGCAAACCACGCUUUCAUCACUCUAGCUCCCACGCACAUAUAAACUUUCAAAAUGGCCAUCAGUCAAUUAAAAUUCAAAACUUGUCUUGGUUCUAAAUUGUUUGCAAUGUUUGAUAGCAACUAAUUUAGACAUGACUCAAUCUGGGGGUGAACUUGGAAAGUGUGGGAGUGAUCACGGUAUAAGGUAGGGGGGAACUCGAAGGGGCAAACUUGAUAGGGGGCGAAAGCGGCGGAUACCGAGAAGAAAACCUCUAUUAGGGUGGGGUCACACUAAAGUGAAUUCACAUAUUUCCUAAUUUUUUGCAAAUUGAAAAAAAGGCAAAUUUUUUUGCACUUUCCAAAUUUUGGCAGCAGUCAUGAAAAAAUUUGGUAAGUUUUUCACAUUGAAUGUUUUUGAGUAAAAAAAGACUGGAUAUUGAUUAUCACUGCUUAUAGAAGAUAAAAAACCACAUGAAAAACAGUAAAUCUUGUAAAAACAUUAUUCUCCCAUGUUAAAUUUCCCAUUCCCCAUUCCCCAUUCCCCAUUCCCCAUUCCCCAUUCCCAUUCCCCAUUCCCCAUUCCCCAUUCCCAUUCCCAUUCCCCAUUCCCCAUUCCCCCUUCCCCAUUCCCCAUUCCCCAUUCCCCAUUCCCCAUUCCCCAUUCCCCAUUCCCCAUUCCCCAUUCCCCAUUCCCCAUUCCCCAUUCCCCAUUCCCCAUUCCCCAUUCCAGCUUUUAGUAACAUCCCAGAUAUUGGGAUAUCAUGUCAAGUUCAAAGUCUGCCUAGUUUCCAAGCCCCUGGCCUCACCAGUUUAUAGGUAUUCUCAAACUUUUGACAACUCUAAGAGAGGUGCCUUCUUUUGUAUCAUAAUACAAUUAUUGAAUUCAGUUUUCACAUUAUAUCAUGAAUUAUGAAACCUUAUAUCUGUUUUGUCAACCCCAGCCAUUACCUUUGGCAGAUAACUCAGACCUUGGCAUUAAUAAUUUGUGAUAUCAUGCUUAACCUCCUCCAAAAAUUGCUUAUUACGAACUUGUGACAUUUUACCUAAACAGGCUUGCAGAGUUGCCAAGGUGUUAAAGAGUUGAGACUGUCACUUAAGUCAUAAGUAACCCAAGUGUUUUCAACCAAAUCAGUCAUAGGGGCUAGCUCAGCUGGUGGUCUUGGCCAUUAUUGAAUUGUAAAUGUUAACUUAAACAGGGUACUACCCAAAGCUGUUGGUGCAUUGUCACACAAUCAAAUUUUAUCUUGUCUGCCUUAAUUAAAUUGUGCCACUAAACCUGGCCUUAAAUACUGACACCCUGACCUUAUCCUGUAUGAAAGCAAUUGAAAAUUGCUGUUACAUGUGUAUCGGUAAAAAAAAAAAAGAAACAUUAGUUGAAAAAUUGCCUUUUUCAAACAGACAGCUUGAAAGAAAGUGAUUUCAGAAUUAGAGUAAGCUACUCCAUUAACAUAUAGUUUUUUGUGUUCCAAGUUGAUAAAUAUUUAUCAUGUGAGCUAUACUAAUUAAAUUGUAGCAGAAAUCUUAAAAUGUUACACUCAGUCUGUGGAGGUAAUUAUAAUAACUUUAUGAUUGCUAUAUUACGUGUUUUGUUUAAAGUGCUAUUGCAAAAGCUCUAAAUUGAUUUCAGAUGCUUUCUUUGUGCAAGUUACUGCAAGAGUUGCUUUCUUUGUUCAAGUUACACCCAAGAUUUUCUCUGCAUGCAGAGUUGUUUGCGUAAGCAGGGGCUGGCUUAAGAACAAAAGAAGCAGAAAAUGUUUUUCUCACACACAUUUGGGAGUCUGGGUCUACUUUGCAGGGGUCUAGUCAGAUGGUUGGUUGUAAUUUACAAGUGUUCUUGUUGCUGAUCGCAGUUAUCUUACCUCCCUCCCACCCAUCCACCCUUCAAGCUGGGUAGUUUUUUAUUGCUCUAAUGUCAUGUAGCUAUCUCUUAAUUUCAUUGUUGCAUCAAGCCUUUGGAGGUACAGGGUUUUUAUUGAGGCAAUUUAAGUUGUUUUGUUUGUUGAUUUUCUCAAGUUUGUCGAUGGCAUGUACUCAAGGGAGCAUUUUUCUUGUUGACUGACCUGAAGUACUAUUUUGAUGCUUUGUAAUAAAAGUAGGGGGGUAUCAGGUUUCAGCUUGACAUUGCGCCCAAUUGUGUGUGAGAAAUGGCAGUUUAUUUCAUCAAAUACAAGAUUUAAAUAUCCUUUUUGAAGGGUAAUUUGUAAAAUUACUUUUUAACUUCCAAGAGAAUGUUAUGUUUUUUUUAAGCAGAAAGCAAAACAAAUCUGGAAGGAAUCCCUGUACUGGCAGCACUUUUAUUUUAGGCCUAUCUGAAUUAAUUAUUUAUUAACAGGAUGAAAGUUUCCCUGACAAAUGUAUAAAGAAGGAAAUUCUUCGUCAGAGGGUUGGCUGUACCCAUCAGGAUGAAGGGUGCACGUGGAGAGGAAUGAUAUGCCAUCUAGAGGUAAUACUGCUUUAUAUUAUUGUCCCGUUAUGGCCUAAAAGCAAAACAUUAUGUGUCAACUGUUGAACCGAUGACUGUAAAUCUGAGGAUAUUUUUCUGAAGUGGGACUUUGGUAGGUUGUGUAAAAAAUCCAAUAUCGCUUAAAAAAAGAGUUCAACCUCUUAGUUUUAAAUUUGUAAUUAACAUUUUAAAUGAGAAACAAAACAGGGGGCAAAUUUUGAUUAAAAAAGCUAAAAAAAUUCAACUCGAUUCUGAAAAAGAACAAGGGUAUUUGAAAUUAAGUGUUCACAUCAUUUUCCAAUGUCAUGUUCAAGCUCUUUGGACAUGAUUGACAAGAUUAUCAUAUCAAAAGAAUGCAAUAAGUAGGACCAUGGAUACUUUGUUUAGUCGCUGUUGGAUAUGAAACCUUUUACCUGAGAAUGGCAAAGGGUUUUUGCGUGACGCGUGAUGGCCCCAAAAUUUGCUGGGUGACGAGUGAUUGUACCCAAAUUAUCCGCGUGAUGCGGGACCGAACAUCACAACACGAUGCGUGAUUUGUUAUUUUACAAGCGCGUGACGCGUGAUUUACAAGACUUACUAAUCAGAUUUCCAUGAUAAGUGAACGCUCUUUGACCUAGAAGGGUACUAGACAUUAAAAGUAAAUAGAGUCUCAACAAAAAUCAAUAAACCAGGGCAGCUGUGACACUGUCUUCUGGUCUUUUCUGUCCUUUGUUAAGCUUUGCGUGACCUUGGAUGUCUUUGAUCUUCGUGGUAGGUCCAAGCAAUCGUGACACAAUAGGCAUAAGUUAAUGAAGCAAAAAUUUGCACAAGGACUAUGACCUUCUGUGUUAGUUUUGUCGAUCUCGUGGUCGUGGUAGUGCGUGGGAUCCAGACGGACCAGAAAGUCCACGGGUCGGUCCACGAAUUCUACAGCUUGAAAGACAGCCAAAUUAACAAAGUCCAUACUAGUUCCCACGAGAUAACCAUUAAACCAUAUAAGAGUUCAAACUACGAAAACAUUGACAAAACUACGAUUACUGACUCCUUGAACACCGAGCUAUGAUGACUAUGAUGCCCAGACGAACACCUCAGAUGUUGAAAAAAUCAAGACUCUUCGUUUUUACUGUGUUCGAUACUUGUAAAGUACGAUUUUAUAAUCCGAUACGAAACCCGAGUAAACGCUCUUGGAGCGUCUAGUUUCAACUAGUAAGUCGUCUUUAUUUGUCAAGUAAAAAGCCAUAUGCCUUGUGAAACGCAAUUCAUUCCAGAAGGAAAACGUUGGAUGCAAUAUAAUUUCUAAUAAUACAUCCGACAGGUUUAAAUCUUACAGUAUUAGUUGAGCGUUCUCACUACUUUUUUACGUGACGCGUGAUUGGUUAAAAAUAUUAUCCGUGAUGCGUGAUUUAAUAGAAAAAUUCUGCAUGAUGUGUAAUUGGAACCCUUCCCCCCUUUGCCACCCUCUUACCUGGGUUGAUUGAUCUAACACUAAGCCUUCUUUUAAGCUCCGAAUUGAUCGAAUUGAUAUAAUCUAGGACUUACGGUUGUAAAUAUUUGCAUGGUAGCACUUUUUUGGAUCAAUUCUUAAAAAGUUGUAUCCGAGGUACAUCGUCGUGUUUCAAGUGAUCCGCUGAAGUCCAAUAUGUCGAACCCCUCUUAGUAAAACCAGGGCUUAGUUCUUUACCUGAGAGGUCCACUGUUGAAUAAUUUUCCACGAGCACCUCCUAAAGGUGAUGGAUGAAAUAAUGGUCAUUGCUAAUUAGCUUAUCAAAAAUAACUUAGAACCACACAUUGCUCAACCACAUAAAAACUCCGAUGAGGCAAUUUUUUGAGGACUUGAGGACCUCAAACCUAUGUCACUUAGCUUUAAAAAUUGCUCUCCCCGUCAUCGAUACGAUAGUUUGUUGAAACAUAUUUUUUUUAUACAGCAACACCAGGAUACAGAGUGUCCUGCAUAUCCAGUUAUAUGUGAAAAAUGCAAUAAAGAUGGAAUUCCUCGAGGCAAAGUAAGAACACAUACCUUCUAAUAAAACAUAGGCAUGCUAUGCAGGGCUCGAAAUUUAAAAAAAUUCCAAGUCGCCUUUUGGCGACUAUCAAAGAAAAAGUGGCCGCCAAAUGCAAAAAUGAAGUCGCCAGAUAGUACAAGAAACAGAAAGUCAGAUUAGAGCCCCAUAAAUAUUACAGAAAGUUGAAUUAUUUUGAAUUCGAGAUUCAUCGUGCAGCAAAUGGGGAUAAACUGAGACCUGCUUUGCAUUAACCGUUGCAAAAAAUGGUUGUUCUGUGACUAACUUGGGCUUUUGGUACGCUUGUACAGUUGUGAUUAAAUUUGAUAAUUCUUCUGUUUGAAGUUGAAAGAUCACCAGGAUCCUCUCCUAGGCGACUGUGAAGCCGUGCAGGGACCAUGCCCCUUCUCUCGUAUUGGCUGCUCGACAGCGGUUGUAAGUACACACUCGAAUUUUGUGAGUGAGACUGUUGUUAGUUAUUGCAUAAGUACUUAAGUAAUAAUGACGUAAAAUUUUCACCACACACCUCUUUAAAAAAAGGUUCUUAAUAAUGCCCUAAGCAAUCAGAUAAAAACAAGAGAGAGAGGGCAUUUACCAAGUAAAUGCAGCAGUUGUGUUUACAUUAUGCGUAGAUCAAUUCGAAGCUUCAACAUCUCUUCAACUUUUGAAGAUUAAAUCGUUUUAAAUCCUCCCCCACUUGGUCCAAUAUUGCGCUCAAAUGUGCUACCCAGUAUUGAGCUGGGGAGGGGAGGAGGGGAUGCUGAAGCUUCGAAUUGAUCGGCGCAUUACUCGAUGAACGCAAUGCGUUUAGUGUACAAAAAGGAAAAAAUUAAUAAACUCUGCAACCUUUUUUAAAGCUUGCUAACUAUACAGCUCAUUACCUCAGGAGAAGGAGCUGAUGUGGCGGAGAGUUCUAAGUUCGACACCCGUCAGGAAUGAAAAGUUUUGUAUUCAACGUACGAACAUUUGAAUGAGACAAGACACAGUUCACUAAGCAAUUCGUUAUGCAGUCACAAUAGGGAUUUCGAAAUUAAGGUUAUUGCUAUGUAGUUAAAAUGAGUCAUGCAAUCAGGAUUUCAACUAAUUUGUUGUCGCAGUCAACUGUUCCAUAGCAUCUUAUAGUGAUACAUUGUACCUUCUGCGAUCUGACAGAUUCUAAACCAAAAGGAAAUGAAACAACAUUUGGAGAAGGCAAAUACUCAACACAUUGUUCUGGCGCUUCAAUUUGCAAUUAAAACGAGUAAAGAAUUGGUGGCCAGUCUGACCCGUGACCAGCGAAUCAUGUUCAGGAGCCCUCAACUAUCGACAAACUGCGAAAGUCUUAUCCAAGAUAUACAGAAUCAACUACAAGAAGUCACUGGCUACACAACUACUUUGGAGCGAGAGUUAGCAUCACGUACUGUCUCUGAGGCAGCAUCGUUGGAACAGCGAGUUCCAAAUGACGCCAGUUUAUCAAGUAAUGAGUGUACAAGGAGAGUUACGAAUAUUGAGAACGGAACCGCUGACCACGAGGUUCUUCUAGUCGGCAACAAUCGCACUAUGGAGGAAGUUAGACGUGAUGUGGGUAACAUUAGAAGGCAACUUGACACCAACCUGGAGAGCGCCAGAAGGCCUGACCGAAGGAUUGAAUCUAUUGAGCGCACACUGGCACUAAGGAAUGUAACCCUGGCUGAUUUGGAGGAAUACGUAAAACAGCAAGAAUUCUCAAGCUACGAUGGCCAGCUUUUGUGGAGGAUUUCCGAUUAUGCUCGCAAACGAAAUGAAGCGGUGACCGGACAACAAGUCUCCUUCUAUAGCCCAUGUUUCUUCACCAGCCGAUACGGCUACAAAAUGUGCGCCCGCAUUUACCUAAACGGGGAUGGAAUGGGAAAAGGUACGCACAUCUCGAUCUUCUUUGUGAUCAUGCGCGGAGAGUAUGACGCGCUACUUCGCUGGCCAUUCAGACAGAAGGUUACCUUCAUGUUGCUAGAUCAGGGUAACGUGGAGCACGUGAUUGACGCCUUCAGACCUGAUUCGAACAGCUCAUCCUUCCAGAGGCCAAGAAGAGAAACAAACGUCGCCAGUGGGUGUCCAAUGUUCUGCUCGCUUGCUGAGCUGAACAAUCACGCAUAUGUCAGGGACGACGCCAUGUUCCUGAAAAUAAUUGUGGAUACUUCUGAUCUGAUCUGCCCUAGUUGAAGAAAAAAAUUCAGCUCAUCCAACUGUAAAGCGCGCUUGUCUACCUUCCACAUGGGCUCUUGCGUAGAGCGGAUGGAGACAGCAAUUGAUCAGUUCUAUUUAAAGUUGGAAGAAUCGCGAAGAUUCCUGGAGGAAAAAAUGAAGAAUGAAAUACGAGAUGUAGUUGAUGAAGUCGAGAACCAACGCGUAGUCCUCUCCACUCAUGAAGAAAAUGUAUUGCCUCUUCGCCGUGCUCUUGGUGGCCUUAAUCAAAUGUUUCAAGGUGGUUUGAACCAUUUGAAAAGGCGAGUUGAUACCUGUCUUGUGAGUAAUGGUCCAGCUGUAUCCGAUAGACUUGGAUAAGUCCAUCUUGUAAUAUGUUAGCAUACCUACCCGGAGAGUACGCGUGAACAUCACACUUUUUUGCUCAAAAACUCUAGAAUCUUGUUCGGUAGUUGAAGAAAGCCUGAGAUUUACCUCGAUAAGACUCUGAAGAAUUUUCACAGUAUAUGCUUCAGGAAUUAUUAGUCACAUUUGUUUUGUAUUAGGCAAUCAGUUGUUCCUAUCGCUGUCAUGUAUAACAUUACAUGUAAUGAUUUUCUGUUACUCUGCUUAAGUCACGCUCGAAAAUCUCUAAUUCUGUGAGUAAAUCUAGGCCAAACACAGUAUGCCAGUGAUAUUUCAUCUUUGUGGACUCUUUGUCUCCAUCAUAGUGAAUGGUACUGUUCUGUUACUAGAGUGCACCAAUUGACGAUUGGCACGCAUGCGUUCCUUGUUUGGUAAUAAGCAUGUUUAGUUGCGGUUGUUGGCCUAGUGCCUUUUGUGUGCAUAUCAGUAGGCCAAAACUUUCCUUGAGUGAAUAAAUACUUGAAUUCUAUGUGAAAAACGUAAAAGGAAAUUUUUUUCCUUUUUUUUUUUUUAAAAAAAAAAGAGUUAGUUACCGAUUAGUUGCCCAAUAUAUGGAUGGGGCACAGACUGAUCUUCAACCAAAAAAAUCUGCAGUAAUCUUUUUGAUUUUGUUAAGUAUAGCCAGGCUAAGCCUGAACAUAGUGGUGUUUUAAACAAUGAUUAUAACUAGAAAAGUCAACUGUUGGCGAGAAAAAGUUUAAUCUAUUUGGUGAGAUUCCUCUGUCUUAUAUUAUACUAACAACCAGGCUACGCCUGUGUGAAAUAGUCUUUUUUUUACCAGUUCUUAGGAUGAUAUAAUGUAUUCGCUUUUAGCUUUUGUAGAGUACAACCAGGCUAAACUUAAAUGAAAUAGUGUUUCGUACAAUGAUUAUUACCAGUGGUAGGAAAUAAGUGACUUUCAAAUUUAUGUCAGUGUUAUAGUACGUUUCAUUGUCCACCAGCUAGUGUCGAGUUCUUAUAUGAUACUCUCUUUUAAUCUGAAAAUUAGAUUAAGGUCUCGCGGUUUUGAUAUUCUUAGAAUGGUAAGGAAACUAGUUAGCUGCUAAUGUACUCAGGAAACUAUACUUUUGAAUCUUGAACGGGACUUAAUAAAGAAUAUCGUGUAUCUUGAA